UGUCAUGUAAUGCGACAAGACAAUGUUUAUUGAAGUAUCGUAAUUCUGAUUGAAGCUCAAAGUAUGUCAGAAGAGACCAGCUGCCGUGACAAAUGUAAACUCAAUCAAAUGCUUGAGCAAGUGAAUAUUCUUUCUCGCGUAGUGGAUGAACUUAGGACGGAGGUGAACGAUCUGAAAAAGAUGUAUCUUGACGUAAAUCAUGGCAACGUUUUGUCUGACUCUACAAAAGAAAAGAAUAAUCAGAUUGAGUCGAAUGUAAUGGAAGAAGUGAAAACGUAUUGCAAAAACGUCGGGAUUUCUGUAAAAAGUGGAGAAACACGUCGAUUCAUGCAGAGUAUCAAGAUUAUUAACAGAAAGAUCAUUAGAGGUAUUCAAAAGAUUCAAGACUUUCAAAAGAAACCCGAUCACACAUGCGUGACUUCCGAUCUUCAAAAGUGUCUUCCGCGGAAAGAUAAAGAGCUCUCGUACUUUAAUACAUGGAACAAAAACUUGAACGAACGCACUUACGUCGGCGAAGGAUUCGACAUCGAUUCGAGAAAUAUUCUAUUCACACGUAACGCUUUUACACAAACCGAGAUCGCUACGUGCUCGUGUCAAAAAGAUAACGAGAAGUUAUUUGAUCAAAGUGUUACAAAUAAUUUGUCAACCGGCCUGUCUGAUAACUCACCGAUGAACCAUGAACCUCGAAACGAGACGUCACUGAGGAAUAAAAUAAAGAAAUACAAAAAAUGUUCGUGCGGCGAACAAUGUCCCUAUGCGAUGUACAAACUACCGUGCAACAAAUACAAACGCGACACGUCGGAAACAAGAGCGAACGACGAAACCGAUGGAUUGGCGCUCGAAUGUACAAACUUUAGGGAAAAGAAUAACUUCCCGAGAUUUAUAAGUGUCGAUACGGCACGAAAGAGCAAGAACGAAUGUUUUGCAAAUUCUUCACCCGCUGAAAUCGAAUUAGACGAGGAUUCCUCGCUCUCGGUGGAUCUUGAAGUCCGCGUUUGCCACGAUCGCUGGAACGUCAGCGAAUUUUCAAAGCGAAAAAGAGCUAGAACGUACAUGUUAAGCAGAAUGAACACGAGAAAAAUCGACGAUGUAAUUAAACGUUCAGAUAACGGGAACAGAUAACGUAUCGUUUUCCAAUGCAAUUUUAUCGCGGACAGGUGCAAUUGACAGGGAAGAAAAAUUAUGUUUAAAUAACAAAAGGUAAGUUCAUAUUCCGCUGUAAUA